GUCAAUUAAUAACUUUUUCUUGUUUUUAUGUUUAGCCCCCAUUUGUUUGAAAACAUAAGAAUAGCCCCUUGUCUAUAUAAAAAUUACCGUAUGAGCACCCACGCCUGUUAGUACGUGGUUCCAUCCCUAAUUCAUGCCAGCUUCUGCAAAAUUAACCAAAUUCUAACUGAUUUUGUAAAGUGGGUUGGAAUUUUUGGGGUUUGAGGAUGGUGUUAGUGUUGGCCUUGGGGGAUUUACACGUACCCCACAGGGCACCUGAUCUGCCGGCAAAGUUCAAGUCCAUGCUUGUUCCUGGAAAGAUCCAACACAUUAUUUGUACUGGAAAUCUUUGUAUCAAAGAGGUUCAUGACUAUUUGAAGACUCUUUGUCCAGACUUGCAUAUCACUCGAGGUGAAUAUGAUGAAGAAACACGAUAUCCAGAAACCAAGACACUAACUAUUGGUCAAUUUAAGCUGGGUUUAUGCCAUGGUCAUCAGGUUAUUCCAUGGGGUGACCUAGACUCAUUAGCCAUGCUUCAGAGACAGUUAGAUGUAGAUAUCCUUGUGACAGGCCACACCCAUCAGUUCACUGCCUACAAACAUGAGGGAGGUGUUGUCAUAAACCCAGGGUCUGCAACCGGUGCUUACAGUAGCAUCACCUAUGAUGUUAACCCGAGCUUUGUCCUCAUGGACAUCGAUGGUCUGCGUGUUGUUGUCUAUGUUUACGAACUCAUUGAUGGAGAGGUUAAGGUUGACAAGAUCGAUUUCAAGAAAACCACUACCACUCAGUCUGCUCAUUGAUUAUCAAUCUCAUUGUGCAGCUUAUGACGGACCUUUUUUUUUUUGGGAUUUUUCAAUCUUUUCUGUUUCUGAUGUAUGUUAUCCCAUUGCAGCUGUAUUUGCAUUUACAGAUGAAAGCUUUUUACUUUAUAGCAAAUGGCACAGGAAUAUUAUUUGUAUUAACUUUUCGUAGGGAUUUUUUUUUUUUUUCUUUUUUCAGAAUUUGAUGUCUUUGAGAUACAUUUCACUAGUACAGUAUAUCUUUUGCUAUAUUGGCUUUUUGUGUUUUUAUGGUGAUAUUGACUUCGGUUCAAGAUGCAAGCAUCCCUUUUGAUGUAAAACUGGUUGCUCAUAAAACAGCAUGGUCAUCCAUCAUGAAUAUGGCUCUGUGAUAGCCAUUUGAUUA